AUGGCUGUGCCCAACGCUGGUUCCAUUGUCACAAACACGGACUACAACCGUGAGGAGACGGCGCUCUGCCUGGCACUGGUUGUGUUUUCACUCUGGGCCAUAAUCCGAUCCGCAAAACUCUCAGCCCGUCCAACCCGAGUCUUGCAAAGAUCCGUUCUGGGAUGGACUAAAAAUGUUAUCAACACAGCAUACGCGGUCUCGAGUACCGGUGCUCUAGCGUUGCUGUUUUUCGGCGCCCCCAGCGACGGCGAUGGGCUCAUCUUGCAGACGCUGCUGCUAUGCUUCUCGUCCUGGUGUGUUCUCAUCACGUCUCGUCAGGAGCACUUGAAGACGGUCAGGCCUAGUCAUUUCCUGCAGGCCUCACUCGUCUUGAGCCUUCCGAUCGAGCUCUUUUGGUUGAAAGAACUCGGGCUCCAAAAAGAGCCCCUGCUCAGCACAAUGGGGUACAUUCACGCGGUCCUGUUGGCUGUCAUGGUCUUUUUGGAAUCGUGCGACAAGAGAAAGCUGCUGUUACUCCAAAAAGACAGGGAGCUUUCUCGCGAGGCAACGAGUGGCAUUUUUAGACAGAGAUUCCUGGGUUAUCUGAAUGGUCUCCUCAAGAAGGCAUAUCGGACAACCCUUACUCCUAGUGACGUCGAGGGAGUUGAUGAGACACUCUUGUCAGACGAUGCGUCAGUGCGGUUCCAAGAGUAUUGGUCGCAGCCGAGGAAUCAAACUGGCAAAAAUUCUCUAUUGCGUUCACUCGUCGUGGUGCUGUGGAAAGAUUUGUGUACACCGGUUCUUCCCAGAUUCCUAGGGCUUGUCGCGACCCUCAGCCAGCCCCUCCUGAUAUCUACCAUCCUCGCCCACAUCCAGAACCCAGACGGCAGCACUUCUGGAUUCGACAAGUUUACGAUCCUCGCCGCCUUCGCCGUUGACUUCACCUUGGCGGCCGUGUUCAAUGCGUGGUAUCUCCACGAAACCGCGCGCUACACGGUCAGGGUCCGCUCCGUCGUCAUCUCGGCUCUGUACGAAAAGGCGCUUCGGACGCACGGGCAGGGUGCGGACCUCGGCUCGGCAACGGUGCUGAUGAACGUCGAUCUGGACAAGGUCCUGGAGGGCAUCAGGUGGAUGCAUGAAGUCUGGGCGGUGCCGCUCGUCGUCGGGCUGUGCUUGUAUGGUUUGAACACCACCAUCGGCGGCGUUUUUAUAGUGCCGCUGAUCGUCCUCCUGUUGGCGACGGCCAUGAGCUGGGACCUCGGAGACUCGUUGACGUGGCGAAACCUUGAAUGGAUGGGCAAAACGGAAAAACGCAUCACGACUCUCGCCAAGAUUGCAUCGUCCAUCAAGGAGAUUCGCAUGCUGGGCUUCACCGAGUUGAUUCAAAGCAGCAUGAUCAAGCACAGGGUGGACGAGCUGCUGGCCUACCGGUCGACAUCGACUCUGUGGAUAUAUGUCGUCGGCAUCGGAUACGCCAUGUUUCCCAUUUUGGUCUUUGCCACCUUCGUCCCGGUCGCCUUGGCAAGCCUUUACGGUGCAGGCGUGACCUUCAACGCCGAGGCCAUGUUCACGUCGCUCUCCGUCCUCAAACUGAUGGCCGCCCAGACGCUCCCGUUCUUGCAGAUGCUCAGCACCUUCCAGGGAGCCCAGGCCUCGCUGGCUCGUAUGCAAGCCUAUCUGUCAGGACGAGACGACAUCAGCGAAACCAACGGCCAGGCGACCAUGGUUCUCGCCGAGGCCGAGCCGGGCAGCAAGCACCCCAAACUUUGCAAAGAGCCCGACGCAGAGGGGUUCGAGCUCCAGGUCAGCUUCGCCAAGCCUAGCGGCAAGGAAGCGUUCCAGGUUAAGGCGGCCGACUUUGGAUUCCGCAAGGGCCAGCCCCUCCUGCACGACAUCAACCUGAGCAUUUACGAGGGCUCCUUCGUCAUGAUCGUGGGCAAGGUCGGCAGCGGCAAGUCGCUGCUGCUGCAGUCGCUGGUGGGCGAGAUGGCGGUCCUCGGCGGGUCGGCCAGGCGCCGCAGUCCGCAGGCGAGUCUGUGCUCUCAGCAGCCGUGGCUGCGGAACGUGUCGGUGCGCGACAACAUCGUGGGCGAGGCCCGGUUCGAUGCCGAGUGGUACGGCGCGGUGACGUCGGCCUGCGGGCUGGAGCAGGACUUUCGGGAGCUGCCGCAAGGAGACGCUUCGCCGGCCGGGUCGAGCGGCAUGAAUCUCUCGGGAGGCCAGAAGAACAGGGUGUCGCUGGCCCGGGCCGUCUACGCCAGGAGGCCCGUGGUCAUGGUCGACGACGUCCUGUCCGGGCUGGACAAGACGACCGAGAACCUGGUGUUCUCGCGAGUCUUUGGCCGCGAUGGCCUGCUGCGCCAGAUGAAAUGCACCGUCGUCUUGGUGACGCACUCGGUGCGCUGGGCUGCGCACGCCGACAAGGUCGUUGUCGUCUCCGACGGCCGUGUCGUGGCAGACGGGCCGUACCGGUCCUUGAUCAAGGUUCCCGGCCUAUGGGAAAUGUACUGUUCGACGGACAAGACCUCUUCAGCCGACACAAUGGUGGAACGGGACGAUGAUGGCCCGGAAGCCUUGCAGGAGAUGACCGUGGUUGAAAACGAGAGUGGCGACGACGUGUCGGUCGACGUGCCCAAGCCCGAAGAUCAGAAUGGCUCCCACGAGCCUCAAGGUGAUAGCGACUACAGACGCAAGGGUCACGCCGGCACUUUGAAUUACUACCUCAAGGGCUAUGGAAAGACGUACCUUGCGACAUAUGUCGUGCUGGCGGUGGCGACAUAUACGUUAAGCGCGGUCCAUUUCAUAUACGUCAAGAAGCUAAUCCAGGACAGCUCGUCGGUCGUUCUCUUCGCCAGAAGCAUCAGCGUCUUCACGGGGAUAAGCGGUUUUGCUUUUUCUAUAGUGGGCGUCUAUCUGACAUUCUUCUUCCGGAUGUUCAGCCCUCGGUCGGGCUUGAAGCUGCACGCCAGGCAGCUUGGCGUCUACCUCAAGGCCAAGUUCCCAGCGCUAGUAUCCAAAGACGCGGGCGAGAUAAUCAACCUGUUCUCUCAGGACAUUGUCAUCGUUGACAGGCUGCUUCCGCUGCUGGUCCUCAACAUAUCCACCGGGUUUCUCGAGCAGUCGAAAAACGUCCUCCUGCUCGUCCUCGCAACUCCUCCCAUCAUCCUCAUGAUACCUUUCCCCAUCGCCAUUGGCUACCUCGUCCAGCACUUUUACCUCCGCACCUCGCGGCAGCUUCGACACCUGGACUUGGAGGCCAAAGCUCCUCUGUGCUCCAACUUUAUCGAGACUUUGGCCGGCAGCGCCACCAUUCGGGUCUUUGGCUGGUCGGCGGACUUCAAACGGCGCAACAAAAGGCUGCAAGACAAGUCGCAGGCGCCCUACUAUCUCCUCCAGGACAUGGCCAUCUGGCUCGCGCUUGUUCUGGACCUGAUUGUGGCUGGUAUAAUUUCGGUCCUGGUGGGCCUGGGGCUGUUCCUCGCCUCCAAAACCGACCCUGGGAAUCUCGCCUUGGCCCUGAUUGGGGUUAUCGAUCUCGGUUCAUCCAUCCGCAUUCUCGUCCUCGCGUGGACCGAGGUCGAGACAGCCAUGAGCGCCGUCACGCGCAUCCGCCGCUUCCUGGACGGCACGAGCCAGGAGCCCGUCAGAUGUUCGGACGCAGCCGCUCCGCAGUGGCCAGAGCACGGCGCCGUGCAGUUCCGCGACGUCUCGGCCUCGUACAGCCUGGACAGGUCGGGCACGCCCACGCUGCACGACAUCAACCUCGACGUGGGCGCGGGGGACAAGGUGGCCAUCUGCGGGCGCACGGGCAGCGGCAAGUCGUCGCUCGUGGCCACGCUGCUCGGGCUCACGAACCAGCUUGGUGGCGAGAUCCUGAUUGACGGCAUCUCGACGGCGGCGGUGGCACCGGGCAGGUUGAGGAGGAGCAUCGUCACCUUGACCCAGGACCCCUUCUUCCUCGACGGGACCGUGAAGGAGAACCUGAUGCCGUGGAAGGGUAUGGGCGAGACGCCCGGCGGGGACGAUUACAUUUCAGACGAGGAUGUGACGCGCGCGCUACAGACUUGCAACCUUGGGGACAAGCUCCAAACGGCCGCGGCUGCGGACGGCUCGGCGCUCAACCUGAGCAUGGCGGUCGUGGAAAACCUGUUGAGCGAGGGCGAAAAGCAGUUGUUCUGUCUCGCCCGGGCCAUUUUACAUCCGAGAAAACUAGUAAUACUGGAUGAAGCAACGAGUCGGGUCGAUGCCAAUACCGAUGCUCUGAUGCAAAAGGUCCUCAGAACCGAAUUCGCAGAUAGAACCAUCCUUGCCAUAUCCCACAGCAUCGCCAACAUCAUGGACUUUGACCGCAUUGUGGUGAUGGACGGCGGGCGAGUGGCCGAGAUUGGUUCUCCAACCGCUUUGAUGCUGAAAGAGGACAGCUUGUUCUCGGCGCUAGCCAAAGCACAGGGCAAUAUCAAGGCUGUUGGGUCUCUUAUUUAG